CGUACAGAGGGACAGCGAGCGAGCGAGAGGGGGUUCGUUGCACUUGUAUCAAUCCGUCCUCCGCUCCAUCUCUCUCUCCCCUUCCCUCCAAACUCCGGCGAUCCACUUCUCCUCUCGCCUCCGGAAGCCGCCAUGGUGUCAGCGGACACCAUCCGCACGGUGAUCGGGAUCAUAGGCAAUGGAACCGCCCUGGUGCUCUUUCUAUCCCCAGUGCCGACCUUCUACCGCAUCUGGAAGAAGAAGACGGUGGAGCAGUACUCGGCGGUGCCGUACCUGGCCACGCUGCUCAACUGCAUGAUGUGGGUGCUCUACGGCCUGCCGCUGGUGCACCCGCACAGCAUGCUCGUCAUCACCAUCAACGGCACCGGCAUGGCCAUCGAGCUCACCUACAUCGCGCUCUUCCUCGCCUACUCCGCCGGCGCCGACCGGCGCAGGGUCCUCCUCAUCCUCGUCGCGGAGAUCGCGUUCGUCGCCGCCGUCGCCGCGCUCGUCCUCAGCCUCGCCCACACGCACGACGGCAGGUCCAUGGUCGUCGGCAUCCUCUGCGUCGUCUUCGGAACCGGCAUGUACGCCGCGCCGCUCUCCGUCAUGAAAAUGGUGAUCCAGACCAAGAGCGUGGAGUACAUGCCCCUGUUUCUGUCCCUGGCGUCCCUCGUCAACGGCGUCUUCUGGACCGCCUACGCCCUCAUCAAGUUCGACCUCUACAUGACAAUCCCCAACGGGCUGGGCGUCCUCUUCGCAGUGGGGCAGGUGGUCCUCUACGCCAUCUACUACAAGUCCACGCAGCAAAUCCUCGAGGCCCGCAAGCGCAAGGCCGAUCAGAUCCCCAUGACCGAGGUCGUCGUCGACGGGAAGAACGGCAACGCCGCCGCUGGCAACGGCCGCUACUAGAAGCAAAACGUUACGUUAUUGACUCCAUCUGCAAGCGCAUCCAUAAAUGAAUACCUUAGCUAAUUCUCGGACGAAUGAUACGCUCCGCGCGCAAACGUGUGUCGCCCGGGGCUCGUGUUCUCGUGUAUCCUCCAAAGUUCCGUCUAUGUCUUAUUGUUUUGACUAUCAACUAGAGCCGGUUAAUCGCGACAUUGAGUGGUGUAUCUCUCGCCUUCUUGGAUCUUGGUUUUUCUCGUGAGCUAUGGCAGUCCGAAUGAAAACAA